CACGCACAAGCUGAGCUGAACUGAUGGACGAACCAAAGGCUGCAAAACAGAAGAGGACAUGCAACAAAAAAGUCAUAUUCCUCCUAGGAGCUCUGUUUCCGUUGGGUGUUAUCGCUUUAGUCACAAUCGCAGUAGUACAGAAUAAACCUCUUCCAAAGAAUAUUAAGUAUGGCAUUGUGCUGGACGCUGGUUCGUCCCACACCAGUGUGUAUAUAUAUGAGUGGCCGUCAGAAAAGGAAAAUGACACUGGAGUUGUACAGCAGAUAAAUGACUGCAAAGUUGAAGGCAAUGGUAUCUCCAGUUAUGGCCACGAGCCAUCGAAGGCCGGUCUUUCCCUCCAGAAGUGCAUGAAUAAAGUCCGUCAAGUCAUUCCUGAGAUGCAGCAAAAGGAAACACCCGUUUAUUUAGGGGCCACAGCAGGAAUGCGUUUGCUCAGGCUAAAUAAUGCAACAAUGGCCGAGGAAGUCUUGUCUUCAGUGGAAAAUAUGCUGCGUUCCUUUCCGUUUGAUUUCCAGGGUGCCAGAAUAAUUACAGGACAAGAAGAAGGAGCUUACGGAUGGAUCACAAUUAAUUAUCUGCUUGGAAACUUUAUCCAGGAUUCAGGUUGGUUCAAAUAUAUGCCAAAUUUUAAACCCACUGGAACAUCUGGUGCACUGGAUCUUGGAGGGGCCUCAACACAGAUCACCUUUGAGUCAAAAAAAGAGAUUGAAUCCCAAGAAAAUUCCUUGCACUUCCGCCUGUAUGGUAAAUCCUAUGAUGUCUAUACACACAGCUUUCUCUGCUAUGGAAAAGACCAAGCUCUGCGUCUUCAGAUAGCUAACAGUGUACCGACUGCAACAGAUUCCAUCCUUAUGGAUCCUUGCUUUAACUCAGGAUAUAGAAGGAACACAAGCACCAGCGACCUCUACAGUAGUCCCUGCAUAUCUAAUCUGAGGAUAUCAACAGCACCCAGCUUCUUAGAUGUUAAAGGGACUGGCAAUUACCAGCUAUGCAAGCGCAAUGUCGAGGCAAUCUUCGACAGAACACGUUGUACUUACUCACAUUGCUCUUUCAAUGGGAUUUUCCAACCAACACUGGAUGGCACAUUUGGGGCAUUCUCGGCAUAUUAUUUUGUUAUGGAUUUUUUAAAACUCACCAAGGGGGAAAUAUCUCUUGACAAAGUAAAAGAGACGGUGGAAAGACACUGCUCCAAACCGUGGGACGAGGUAAAAAAAGAGUUUCCAAAAAUUAAGGAAAAGUACCUUAGUGAAUACUGUUUUUCUGGAACUUAUAUAUUAACUCUUCUUGAAUUUGGAUACGGCUUUAACUCUGAAAAUUGGAAUGAUAUCAGAUUUUUAGGCAAGAUCAAAGACAGCGAUGCAGGAUGGACACUUGGCUAUAUGCUGAACCUGACCAAUAUGAUCCCAGCGGAGCUGCCUUAUUCUCCACCACUGUCCCAUGCUACCUACACUGGACUUAUGGCUGCCUUCUCCAUUUUGUUAGUCUGCAUCAUUUUGAUUUGCUGGCUGACUUUCCGCAAACCAAAAUGUCUACACAAGGGCAUCAUCUAGCAACAGUAAAAUUAAGACAAUUGGAGAUGAAAGGGAAAUUAUUCUGUAUGCCACUGCCUACGGACUUAAGAAAAUGCCUCUUGUGGGCUCGACAGUCCGUGUCUACAACAAGGAACUUGAGAAGUAGCUUGUAAAAGCGCAUUAAGCUUGAACACAAAAUAAGCAGUUUGAACUCUUUGGAACAGUUCUUGCUGUACAUGGAUUUAAGUUGUAGUUCUCGAACGGGUCGUUUAAUCCACUUCAUAUUUAUGAAGCGUGUUUGCAUUAUGUUUUGAAGAAGGACACAUUGGAAGUUUGCCUGUGGGCGAAUGACUAAAACCAAUGAAAGUACCAAUGGGACUUUAAAAACUGAUCUCAGGUUACAAGACACGAUUCACGCUACUAGUGCAUUUUUAUAAGUUUUCCUUUAUGAUAGGAAUCUGUUCUUAGUUCUUGUUAAUAGAGUCCUGAUCUGGGUAGAGGCCACUCUUCCAAAGCCAUAAACAGGCCAAUAUUUUAAACCUUGGAUGUACUUUGAAAUUCAUUGCAAGGAUGUACUUUUAUUAAAAUUGCAUUCAGUGUGGUGGCUAUUAAGUAGGAGAUGGUAUUACCAUACAAUUGUCCUGCACAUGUACAUAUUGUUACUGCAUUGUUGUAAAUCUGCAUCUGCCCCAGAUUCAGCCCUUUAUUUAGCUGUCUCUAUAUUAUUAUGCUUCCACAUAGACCCGAUCUUCCAUAAAGAAGAUCUACUCAGUGUAGACCUAUGGACUUACCCUUAGAGUAAAGCAAUGCACAACAGCAAUUGGCAUACCAAAUGGAAGAUCAAAGCUAUAGGCAGCGGCAGACUUGCAAUGGGAAAAAAGUGAAUAUGUGCAUUCGUAUUGAGACAAGUCCACUUGUUAAACAAAUUAUAGGGACACUGCCAUGGCCUCAUUAUACUGUGAACCUACUCCCAAAGAAGCAGACGUUGCAAUUUGCUAAUGCUACAAGAUCUAUUGCUGUGACAAUUAACAUACACUUUGGCUUUUAGACUUGUAAUUUCCUCUUUUACUUUACUUCACUGCUUCAGGGGUUUGGUAAGUAGGUGGACAGUGAAGUUCAUUGAAGUUUGCACCCCCCAAUAUGCAAGGCCAGAGCCUGCAAGUUUGACAAAGGAACAAAAGUGAGCACUGAAAGUCAAUGAAUCUUUGGUUAUAUCUGUGAAUCUCCCAGCAAACUGCUAAGGCUGCUAAGGGAACUGGUUUGCAUUGGCAAGAGGGUGUCCUUUAAGAGGUAAAGUUAUCCAUUAAUCCUGGAAGUAGCCCUUGAGCACUAUUGCUGCCUUCUUCUGCCAUAGCCUAUUGUUAUUGUUGAUGUAUUCAGAAUCAAUUAAUUAUGUUUAUAUAAA